CGACCUGGCUCCGCUUUCGCCAGAGCAAGCCCGGCCCCCUCGGGUCCUCAAACAGGUUGCAUUACACACACGGGUGGGGCCUUUAUUUCAUUUUCGCACUCGCACGACGGCCACUGGGUCUUUGCGCGAACAACAAAAAACCGCACCAGGGACUCAACGGUCGGACGCGAGCACCCUCCGCCGAGCCUCCUUCUCCUCCUCCUCCUCGCCGCUGCAGACCGCCGCCGAUCGCCCGCCAUGUUCCGCUGCGGGAUCGCCUACCCUCGCUGCAGGUGGAUCGUGCCCCUGCUGCUGCUCUUCGCCAUUAUUUUCGACAUCAUCGCCAUCGCCGCCACCUGGGGGUGGGUGGAGGACGAGGACGCCGAGUCCCACUACGCCAGCAUGUGGGAGCAGUGCCGCGGCCGGAACGACCAGUGGGACUGCAAGUCGCUCAUGGAGUUCUCUUGGGCCCAGGCAGUGGCUGCUCUAAUGAUCAUCGGCCUCCUCAUCCUGAUCGUCGCCUUCAUCGUCUCUUGCGUGGCUCUGUGCUGCACAUUGAACAUCACUCUCCUGCCCUUCAUAGGAGUACUGCUGAUUGUUGUUGUGGUUCUCCAGGUCAUCGCUCUGAUCAUCUACCCCGUCAAGUUCAACGAGCAGAUCUUCGAGGGUCACUAUUACUACACCUGGGCCUACGGCUUCGGUUGGGGCGCCACCAUCCUCUGCAUUGGGUGUGCCGUUCUCUUCUGCUGCCUGCCACGCUAUGAGGAUGAGCUGACCGGCCUGGCCAAGAAGAAAUACAUCUACACGUCUGCUUAAAGACAAAUGCUGCACACCAACCAAAUCGCUGCCAUGUCCAGUUUUCACUCUGACCUGGAUCUGUCCUGAACAUUCUUACACUGUACCAUUUUAUCAAAUAUCCACGAGGCCCCAGUUCAGUUAAAUUUGGUUCAGCAGUGGAAAGCAAGGGGCGAUUCUUAGAGGAAUCAUUCGUGGACUGUGAUUGGAUGUUACAACUGUUAAUGUACAGACCUCUAUUUUAGAUUAAGCCAGCAUCAUAAAUGUUUUUUACCAUGGUAUUUUUCUCACAUUCUGCAUUUAAAGGGAAACAUAUUUUCUCAUUCUGUCUGUACUUUUUACCUGCACCUCUCAAUGCAAGAUCACCCAAGUGCACUUAACCCAAGGGAUGUCACGAAGUAGAAAGCGCAGUCUAGGCCUGAUUUAUCUUAGAGCUCAUAAAGCCUUUGUAAAAGACUAAUCCAGACUAAAAUUUUGUUUCGUAUUGAAUCAGAUUUUUAUCUGAUGUACAGUGUGUGUCUUUUCUGUACAUUGCUGUGCAUAAUGUUGAAAGGAAACAAAGGCUUGGACUCACAAACUAAAUGUGAUCUAAACAUACAGAGAUGUUUUGUAGUUUUAACAGUUGUGUUUGCAGCUUUUUUAAUGCUUUUUUUUAUAUUCUCAUUUUCCGUUUCCAGAAUUUUGUAUUCUUAUUGACUUAUUACCAAAGGGGUAUAACUGUGGGGUUCGCUGUCCUGUCUUUUUAUCUCUUUAACAUUGCUAAAGAUAUACUUCAUGAGGCAAAUUGGUGUGGUGGUUGAUAUGAUACAGAGGAAGAGGAGGUGUGUGUAUUUUCUGACUUAGCUAAAGCUGUUGCCGUCAUUUUAAAAUUCACAUGAGUUCCCAUUGAGUUUGAUAAUUAAUCUGUCUAAAUUUAGAUAACAUAGUCUUUCUCAAAAAAUGACUCAUGUACCAUUUGGCCCAGACUUUUUCUGAUAUGUCCUUCAAGAGAUCAGUUCAUUUAGAAUUUGUUAACAAAUUAACAAAUUCUACCAUUCCAUGAACAAAAUAAUCUUUUUGUUUUUCAACACUGCUUCGAAAUAGAAAAGAAAAGACCCAAAUUCCUUGAAAAAAAUCGUCCAAUCUUUUUAUUUUCCGGCAUUCAAAUAUUGAUAGUGCUACUUUGACGAGACACUGAGGCCAAGGUAUAAAAUCUUCUGGCAUACCGUGUGUAACUCUUGUGCCUUAGAUUCUGCUCUGUUGUGUUGUUUUAUUAAACUGGUCAGUCUGGUUUUAAUGACUCUUUUUUUUCACAAGUCGCCAUUCUGUUGAGACCAAAUUCAUGCCCCAACAAGACCAAAUAACUUUGUUUUAUGACCUGAGCGUUCACAGGAAAUAUCUGUUGCUUGAUCUUAGAUUAGUUGUCAAAGGCAACAGCUCAACUUGUUGCGUUUAUUGAUGCACUCGGGAGUCUUUCUGUAAGAUUUUACGCAGAGUAAGGACAUAUUCAGGCAGGUCUACACUCUGCCUGUAUGUCUCACGGGUGAAGUGAAAACAUGCUUUUAUCUACAGGCAUGAAUCUGUUCGCAGCUUCAGCUUUUUGAAUCAUUAUGAGUCACUGUGUGGGUAAAUAGUCUUCUAUAGAAAAUGUCUUACUUUCAUGCGCUUCUGGAAAUCACCCAGCUAUUUUCUGCUGUAGUAGGAGUUGAUUAUAUUUGGUAGUCUGUAUAUUUUUAUUCAAUAAAGAAUUACUUUUUUGAGGA